UUGCUGCACACUGAUUCGAUUGAGUUCCUUGGAUAAUUUCAUCCUUCCUUGAGAGGUUUAUGAACAGGAGAUUAAACAGAUAAGCGGUAAGUGAUGUUCAAACAACCACAUGAAGUAUUUUAACGCAUUGGAAACAUGCAAUGAUCCGUGAUCUACCAGUUUCUCAUGAGUUUUCAAACCGGAAGUUUAUUCGAGUGAGAACUAUUUGUAGGUCGAAAGUAAAAUUUGGACGUUGUAUGAUUUCUUUUUGUUAAUUGUCACUUUUAUGAGACCAAUAAUACGACAGGCUUCGGUACAAAUCUCACAUUAACAAAUUUUGAUGAUUAAUUUCAAUGUGUCGCACAGAAACGAAAGAAAAUAAUUUGCUCUGUGACUUGGAAACACUUGAUCAGCUCGCCAAAGAAAAGCUGUAAUUUGCCUGCAAUCGUUUUCAGUAUUAAGCUCAGAUCAAAACCUGGCUUGUCUCCAUAGGUCUCCAAAGUUGAGUCCUGACUAGUUCGAUCGAUCGUUCCAUUUAGUUGCCGAGUUGGUCAUCUGCUUUGUGUUGAAUAUUUACAGGAUAAUUUCAAUGAUGCGUUGCAAUUUGAUUUUUGAAGCUGCAAGGGUCUUGCUGACAAAGUAUACACUGAACGUUGUCGUCACCACUUGAAAUAUAGGGUUUUACUUCAACAGGUUCCAAUGCAAGCAAGCUGAAUCAGUAACUCUUUUUAUCCUGUCGAUUGGUCGAAAAUGUUUCAAUCAUUAGAAAAUUGACUGUAAUUUAUAGAAUAAAUUUCGCUACAAAUUUAUCCGUCCAUCUGCAAGCAGAGGACCUUUAAUACGGUAUCUAGGAAGAUCGCAAAAGGAGGUUUUUUCCUCCGUUUUCCAAAAAAAUACGCGUCCACACGUAGCGUAUUCGAAUCGUUUUCGCCCGUCCAUACGAAAACGCUAAACAAUGGAAACACGAUAGCAUCCCUUGCAAAGCAUGCGUCAUGCUAGCAGUAAAUGAUGCAUUACGUCAUCGUAUUCGAAAACCUGCGUUUUCGUCCGUCCACACGUAAACGAGUGGCCAGCGUUUUCAAAAAUCCUCACUCUGGAGAGCGUUUUUGAAAAGAUGCGUGAUUCGGUGAUCGUUUUCACCGAAUACAAGUGGACGGUAGGCGAAAGUGUUCGCCUUAGAGUUACUGACAAAAUUACACCCCUACUACUAAUCAAAAAAAGUCGUAUGGCAGGGUUUUCGACAGGUUUUUAAAGUAGCGGACACAAUACUGAAAGCACCGGACGCGAUAUUUUUUGGCGGCGCAAGGCGCCUUGCGAGUGCCGAAGGCUCGAGCUACCUAAGGGGAUCUGGGGGCAUGCUCCCCCAAAUAGAUUUUUAAAAUAAGACACUCAGGUUUCCGGUGUUUCUGGAACCCGAGAAUCAGUUUCCCAGACAAGGCUGGUGUUCACUGAAAUUCUGAGAAGUGAUGACUUGAACAAUUAUUGUAAAGCAAAUCAGCAUUUAAAUUUAACACUUAGACGGUACGGCAACAUUUUUCUAAGACUUGGAAAAUCCAUGAUUCUGUGAGGCGCCUGGGCUUAUGUCUUACGCGUUGAAGAACUCCAAAUUUAAAGAUCAGUUGAUCGCUUUCGAGAUCGCGUGUCUUAUUAUUUUUUUUCUUGAAAUGCUGUCUGUCAUUUUGUUUUCUAUUUCAAACUCCAAAAGGUUAAAAAGUCGUAUUUUGAUCGUUGAUAAGGAAAAUAUCAGCUUAACCCUGUAAUAAAAACACCGCAUUAGUAAAGGGCCGCCGCGAGACAUUGUGUUGGUGCAAGUCUUGGCUCAGUUGUGUUAAAGACGAGUUGAAUUUAGAUGCAAGUUGAAAUAAGUAAUUUUCGAAAGAGCAGUAUUACGUGCAUGGUAAGCCUAAAUUUAAUUGGAAAAUUCUCACACUUGAGCGAAGAUGAUCGAUCGAUUGAUAACGCUGACACGCGAUAGUGUUAACCACUUCAGCAUUUUGAAAAUCGGGACCAACUUUUUUUGUUUGCUCUUGUAACGGGCGUAAGCUUACUAGGCGUGAAGAGCGAAACAGUGAUACCCUAUUUAUUUACCCGUUUAGCAAAGUAAUGCAUUUAACAUGUAUGAACUGUGGCAAAAAGAAAAAGCAAACUAAACAGCUGCCAGGGUUUGUAACGUUACCCGCAUUUUUCUUUUUCAACUUUUAGGCGACAUUUCGUUUUGAGAAAAAGCUUAACUAGCAAGAAAAGUGUUUUGAGUUUUACAGUUAAGUGUAACUAUGUAACACGCUGUAAAGUGCUUUGGGACAUUGGAGGAAAAAGCGCUUUAUAAAAGAGGGCGAUCUAUACUAUAAUUUACAGUUAUUGUGGAUUCCAAUUUCCAAUUCAAUAAUUGCAAAUUUAAAUUGCAAAGAAGAAUGUUUGAAAUGAUUGUUUAGAUCUAAGUACAUUAAGUUUGAAGUUUGGCGGGAAUGGAUACCCAUGCGGAUUCCUGCGUGACGAGCCAAUAUACAAUCCCUGACGCCAUGCAAAAAAAAAACCGGUUGGCAUGAGUGCAGUUCACAUAUUGAACAAUAACCCUCCUAAAAUCUUUAAGUCUCGCUUGCUUGAAGAUAGAGAAGAAAAAGGAGGCGAUUAAUUCUACACGAAACAGGAUUUCCUCGCUAAAAGUUUUUCACUUCCUACUUUAUCGACGGUCGAGUAUUCUUCAGGGCCGAGUUGUUCAAAGCUGGUUUAAGAUAACCCAGGGUUAGUGCGAGAUUUUAAUUCACAUUUGAAAGCUUAAAAAGCAUUUCAGUUUUAAUUCCUUUUGUCUACAAGUUGAUGACUGGAAGCUCUAAAAAUAACAGAGAAAAUUAUCCGAGAAAAUGCUUUUGAACACAAGAAAAGGAAACCAGAGUUAAAUUUAACCCUGGGUUAAGCCUUAAUCGGCCUUCGAACAACUGGGCCCAGGACAUUAACUUUUUAUAUCCUAUUCGACGAUGAUUGAGUCGUGUAUAAAUGCACGAAAAUCGAGAGAAAUCACAUCAUUGCAAGAGAGAGAGUGAGAAAAAAAUGUGAUGAACAUGGCGCGUCAUUUUAAUCAUCGCCUAAAAUAAACGGUAAAAGUUUACAACACCCGACCAUUUUACACCCUAACCAUCGAAGUUUUCACUGAAGUAUUCGCUUGUUUCAAAGUAAUCAUCGCUUUCAAGCGCUCGACAUCUUUCGCGUCAAUCUUUUGCAAGCUUUCUUCACAAAAUAAAUUGGCGUGUACACACUAAAAAAAUUAAAGAAAUGCUUGCAUUUUAAGAGUCUCGCAGCUAAAGCAAGCGAGACUAAUGAGUUCGCGGCUAUCUGAAGACGAAACAGCCGAACUGCUGGCUAAAAUGAACAAACUGCAAAAAUUUUCCUUUCCCCCCAAACAGACAAUUGCUUGAUGGAUGUCAUCUGCAAAAAGAAAUGAAGACAUCAGUUCAAAUUCUGAGACUGUGCUCAGAAACAAACUCUACAAGGAGGUAAAAGUCACAAUGAAAAAUGUUAAGAAGUUAGAAAUUUUUUUAAAGGAAUAAGAAAGCAAUUUCAUAUGAUGUGAGGAAUAAUUAUGCAGAUGGUGGGGCGUUAUCUAUCGAGGCCUCAUUCAAUAGCUGUAAAGUGUAAAGAUUAAUACCUCCACAAAAUAUGACACAAAAAGGUAGAAUAGGAAAAGCAUAGCUAUUUUUUAAAAAAAUUAAGCUAUAGCUAUUUUUAAUUUCCUUAGGGAUAGUACAAAGAGAGAAAUUUAAGCGCGUGCGUGUCACAAGCGGCCACCGACUCCAGUCUAGCCUGCGUAACUGGCGGGAUCUAAUCCCGCCAGCUAAUCAGGCUGACUCCAUGGAGUCUCGUUUUCUUUUUUCGCCAGUCAUACGUCGCCUGCUCUUCGUGCUUUUUCUAUCAUUCUGUUCUUUUAUCCACGGUGGCCUGUCGCAUUCCAUCUCUUCGUCUCAUCUAUCUCUUUCAAUAUUUUUUUAAAACGUUGUCGUGUGUGGAACGUGCGAUUUCUUGCAGAGAAUGUGGGUUGCCCAUACGUUUUUCCGUCAAUAUGCGAGGUAUAUGGUCGAUAUCUAAAAGAAGGCUUUUUAAAUUGGUUUUUGCAUGUGGGUGGCAGACGUUCGACGACUGACGAACAACGCAACUACGGCAAAGUCAUAACGAAAAAAUUGACGUUGAUAUUUAGUGCCCCGGCCGCUUCAACGGCUGCUUAGCGGGAGACGAGGGUGUUUGAGAAUGAAUGGUAUGAAACUUGACAUUCAUCACCGCGGGUUGGCUUGGGGACGUUCUCGGGUGACACAAAGAUGCGAAGCCCUUUUUUGGGUCCGAAAUUCAACAACAUUCUCCUGGUAAUCCAGGAGUAUCUUUCCUUUAUAUCGAACAACUGUAUUAGAUCCAUCACAGUGCGACUACUCGAACCGGGACACUUGCAGGUUUUUUGCAAACGGACCAAUAAAAUUCAAGGUUGAACCAUGCAACUGUUGAAAACUUUAAAACCGUUUGAACUUACCUGACCUAUCAAAUUCAUUAAUAUUUCUAUUUUAGUGUUUCACUAAAUCCUCCUGGCCUACUAUACUUUUACUUUUACUUUUUACUGCUGACCCUUUCCUGUCGGCUUCAGGAAGUUCAAAUCAAAUCAAAUAAUAAAAGCAAAUCUACCUGGAAUUAUGAAAACCGGGUUAGCAAACAUUUUGUAAUUUCUCUCAACUUCCCCUGUCUAAUAGUUUAUUUAGUGAUUUGUUUGCUGAUGUCCUUUUUUGUUUGUGUGUUCGUUUUGUGGUUAGGGCUUUGUGUAGAUGUGGCUGUAGACAGAAUUUAGCGCGUUUCUAUUUACCCCCCCUUCACUCCCUCCUUCUGUAUGUCUUUUUUUUUUAUCCUACCCACAAUUCUCUCUUAAACACAAGUGACCGUUCAGUUGAAAUCAGUGCGCGCCUAGAGCUGGCUUCGACGGUGCCGUUUAGCAGUUUACAUUUCGUUACUGGUCACCUUGAGAAAAGUUUCCCGGAGAGCAUCAUGUAAAGCUCUGAGAUGGGACAAAGUUAUUACUAUUCGCAAAGUCUGCAUCGUCCAAUAUCGUAUUUUAUUCUCGUUUCAUUUUGCUAAACGGAUCAAUCACCCACAUCCGGGCUUAGACAGAAAGGUACGAUAUUGUUCGUUUUUCUAAGGUGACCUCCGCGUCUUGGCCUCGGGAACAGGCUCUUGGGAGUCAAAAGAAUUAGGCGAGAGCAAAAUUGCCGGUGAACUUUGACCAAGGACAAAACUUAGUUUUUUUCUGGUGUGAAGUCAGGGUCUACAUCCGGGAACUUGAAUAAGAGAAGUGUAAGAGACAAGUCCAGAGGCGUCUAUCUGCCAGUAGGCUGAGUUUUUCCGAAUUAUUCUAUGAUAUUUGGCUUAUGUUAAACGUCAGAAGAUUAUGCGUGGUUGUGGAUCGUUUUAUCAGUGCCGAGAAAGUGUGUGAUUGUGUGAUUUCCGCAUGGUGUUGACAGGUCGCGUGGUUGAGCUGUUUCGCUAAAGUAUUCUGUGCCAGCCAUAAGAACGUUUCUUCGGUGUAAUUAGGUUAGCUGAUUGUACCUUGGAAAAGCAACUCUCGACUCAGGAAAAUUGGAUCUAGGUCUAGUUUCAGCGGGCUCUAAUGGCUUUGAACCAAUAGGCCGGUUUUUGCAGAUACGAAGGUGAUAAUUUAUGUAGUAUGUUUAAUUCAGAUUGUUAUCUUUUCCCUGCGAAACCCAGUCGUUUAUCAAACCGCGAAAAAAGUAGUGUUUUGCUAACUAUUUAAGUUGUUAUGUAAGCCUUAACCAGACACCUUUUCGCUGCAGUUCACUCAAUUUAAAAAUUUCUAGACUGAAAUGACACCAGUUUGAAACUUCACGGAGUCAGAUCACUGAAUAAAUGUUCUAAAAUUUGCGUUAUUUUAAAUUUGGACUCGUUGAAAUUAAUGCUUCUAGUAGCUACUAACUUACUGCCCGGAGUCAGAUAAAGGCUUUUAAUCAGCCUUUGAAUGAAGUUUUAUUUUUUUAGAUUGCCAAGUAGUAGAAUGAGUUGAUUUUUUUGCGAACCCGGUUUUAAAAAAUCCAGGUAUAAAUAGAAACGCAUUUUAUCCCUAAAGUAUUGUGUAAGGCAAUGGCCAUGCAUUUUAAUUCAAUUUGUAACCCUGUUUUUUUUUUUGGUAAAUCAGGUUUCAAGACUGCUCACCCCCCUUUAUCACCAAAUGGCCACUAAAAUAUUUUCGGAAGAACAGCUUAACUAUUUCAGGGUUUGUCACAUAGCCACUGACAUACUGCCCCAAGCUCUGCGAUUUCUGUUCAAGCAGGAAUGGGACAAUCGUUACAUGACAACGUUUGGAGAAUGGACGGACACGCCUCAAAAUGGACUAGACUUCAAUAACGGUGAGUCCCCAGGUAAUCAACGAAGAAAUGCCCGACUGUUGGCUACAAUGGUAAAUGGAGACAGGGCGGAAUGGGACUGUACUAUGCUAUUUUAUGCCAUCCUGUUCUCUGAUUCUAUUCAUGGACUGAGUUCACUGAUCAAAACCAAUGUUGAUCAUCUCAGGAAGUUUCGCAAUGAAGACUUCGCUCACAUGACAGAAGGUCAGCUCUCAAAUACAGACUUCAGCAUCACUGUUGGCAAAGUGGAGGCAGCAUUUCGAAAUCUUGGCCUGUCUACUGUUGAAAUCCAAACUGUAAGUACACAGAAAGGUUUUCCAACCGAUGAGUUGCAAAAUGUGAUUACAAACGUUCAGAACCUUACUCAAGACCUUCACACAAAAGAUGCCGAACUUCAAAGCAAAGAUAGUAAAUUGCAGGAAAAAGCUAAAGAGCUUCUGGAGAAACAUGCCGAACUUCAGGAAGAAAAAAGCAAAUUACAACAAAAGCAUGCCGAACUGCAACAAAACAUACACAGGCUACAAGCUAAAGAAGAACAACGCAAGGUCCUUGAAGAGCAGCUACAGCGCAAAGUAGAACCAUUUUGCGUCCUUCCACCCAGACCUCCUCAUGUGAUCGCGAGACGCGAUUGCGACGUUGCUAAAGUAACGCAGAAACUCCUAAACCUUAGGAAGACUAACGAUAGCGCUUUAAGUUAUUGUUAUAUUUCAGGCAAUCCCGGGAGUGGUAAAUCUCAGCUGGCUGGAUUAGUUGUGGAGAAUUUCUACAAAGACGCCCGUGAAGACACAACUGCUCCGUCAUUUGUAAUGACUUUAAGUGCUGAAAACCCAGAGGCGCUUUUAACAUCAUACCUCUCGCUGGCAAGAAAGGUGAGCUGCCCCGCGUAUAAUAUAACUACUACCGAAAACUCCAAGGAUUUAAGUACUGAGCAGAAAAUAGCCAUUAUCAAAGAUUUAAUUACAACAAAAAUCCACCUUUACUCAUCUUGGCUCUUAGUGAUUGACAAUGUCACAAAUCUCGCUAGAAUGGGUCAGUUUCUUCCUGAGAGAGGAAAUGAGCAGUGGGGCAAAGGCCAGCUGCUAAUCACAACGCAGGAUUGCUCCUGUAUCCCUCCUGAGAGUUCCUUUACAUCCCACAUCUCCUUGAGCAAAGGUAUGGAGCUUGCGGAUGCUACUCGUUUAUUAAUCGAGCUCUCUGGAAUCUCCGGCAACGAAAUGGAAGAACAGGUGGCUCAUGCUUUGGAUUACCAGCCACUUGCUCUAGCCAGCGCAGGAGUGUUUAUGAGAAAACUGCGAAAUAGCAAUCCAGCAUUUGGCUGGGAGGGUUACUUAGAAAAACUUGAAAACGGGAAACGUGAACUCACUGAAAAGGAACUUGCCAAAGUAAAUAGUAUCUACCAAAACUCUAUGACAAUAGCGACCAGGGUAGCCGUUGAAGCGGUAAUGGCUUCUGAUCAAAUAAUGAAGCACGCUUUCACUUUUCUCGCUUUUUGUGCACCAGAGCCAUUGAGGUUGGACGUGUUGACCACGUAUGUGGUAAAUGCUGAUGAAAGCUUGGAUAAAGAGGAGGUAGGCAUUCAGAUCCAAGGCUCCUCAUUGCUCUUGAUCGACGAUGAGAAUGACGUGAACAUUCGAUUACACAAAGUGGUACACGAUAUUCUGAAGUUGGUAGUUAAAGAUCGAAUUAAAACUAAUGAACAUACCCGAGUUUUAUCUGUUGCAUUGCAGUCAUGCAAGCAGUUUAUUACCAAAGCAGUCCCAAAGAUUGAGCAUAUUGUGGAUUCUUUCCUUCAGAGCAGACAAAUGGUUCCACAUUUAAAAACGCUAGUAGUGGGAAUUAACGACAUUUUCUUUAAUAAAGAUACAUUUCAGGUUUUCUGUAACACAACUUUGGACGUCUACCAAUUUUGCUAUAACCUAAGAGUGCUUGGACGAUUUUGCCGCCUUCAUAGCGAGUUCCAUUCAUCAAUUAAGUACUUAAGCGCAGCUUUAACAAUCAUUGAAGAUGAUGAGACAAGGGAACGGCGACCCAAUCACUUCUUCGUUGCGAGUCUUUACGGCGAACUAGGUGAACUAAAUUUUAUCUUGAGUGACCAUCAGCAGGCCAAGGAAUAUUAUGAACUUGCCCUUUCCAUACAAGUAAAUGAACUUGGACCCCAUCACAUUGUAGUGGCCCGAAUGUACCAUAACAUUGGUGUCCUAAAACACAUGAUUGGUGACCAUCAGCAGGCCAAGAAGUUUUUUGAACGUGCCUUGUCUGUACAACUAAGUAAACUUGGUCCCGAUAAUGUCGACGUCGCAAAUACUUACCAAAGCAUGGGUAACCUACAUAGCGAAAUGGGUGACCAUCAGCAGGCCAAGGAGUAUUAUGAACGUGCCUUGUCCAUACAACUCAGUAAGCUUGGACCCGAUCAUGUCAACGUCGCAAAUACUUACCAAAGCAUGGGUAACCUACAAAAGGCAUUGGGUGACCAUCAGCAGGCCAAGGAGUAUUAUGAACGUGCCUUGUCCAUACAACUCAGUAAGCUUGGACCCGAUCAUGUGAACGUCGCAAAUGCUUACCAAAGCAUGGGUAACCUACAUAGCGAAAUGGCUGACCAUCAGCAGGCCAAGGAGUAUUAUGAACGUGCCUUGUCCAUACAACUCAGUAAGCUUGGACCCGAUCAUGUCAACGUCGCAAAUGCUUACCAAAGCAUGGGUAACCUACAUAGCGAAAUGGCUGACCAUCAGCAGGCCAAGGAGUGUUAUGAACGUGCCUUGUCCAUACAACUCAGUAAGCUUGGACCCGAUCAUGUCAACGUCGCAAAUACUUACCAAAGCAUGGGUAACCUACAAAAGGCAUUGGGUGACCAUCAGCAGGCCAAGGAGUAUUAUGAACGUGCCUUGUCCAUACAACUCAGUAAGCUUGGACCCGAUCAUGUCAACGUCGCAAAUGCUUACCAAAGCAUGGGUAACGUACAUAGGGAAAUGGCUGACCAUCAGCAGGCCAAGGAGUAUUAUGAACGUGCCUUGUCCAUACAACUCAGUAAGCUUGGACCCGAUCAUGUCAACGUCGCAAAUACUUACCAAAGCAUGGGUAACCUACAUAGCCAAAUGGCUGACCAUCAGCAGGCCAAGGAGUAUUAUGAACGUGCCUUGUCCAUACAACUCAGUAAGCUUGGACCCGAUCAUGUCCACGUCGCAGGUACUUACCAUAACAUGGGUAACCUACAUAGCGAAAUGGGUGACCAUCAGCAGGCCAAGGAGUAUUAUGAACGUGCCUUGUCCAUACAACUCAGUAAGCUUGGACCCGAUCAUGUCAACGUCGCAAAUACUUACCUAAGCAUGGGUAACCUACAUAGCCAAAUGGCUGACCAUCAGCAGGCCAAGGAAUAUUAUGAACGUGCUUUGUCCAUACAACUCAGUAAGCUUGGACCCGAUCAUGUCAACGUCGCAAAUACUUACCAAAGCAUGGGUAACCUACAAAAGGCAUUGGGUGACCAUCAGCAGGCCAAGGAGUAUUAUGAACGUGCCUUGUCCAUACAACUCAGUAAGCUUGGACCCGAUCAUGUGAACGUCGCAAAUGCUUACCAAAGCAUGGGUAACCUACAUAGCGAAAUGGCUGACCAUCAGCAGGCCAAGGAGUAUUAUGAACGUGCCUUGUCCAUACAACUCAGUAAGCUUGGACCCGAUCAUGUCAACGUCGCAAAUGCUUACCAAAGCAUGGGUAACCUACAUAGCGAAAUGGCUGACCAUCAGCAGGCCAAGGAGUGUUAUGAACGUGCCUUGUCCAUACAACUCAGUAAGCUUGGACCCGAUCAUGUCAACGUCGCAAAUACUUACCAAAGCAUGGGUAACCUACAAAAGGCAUUGGGUGACCAUCAGCAGGCCAAGGAGUAUUAUGAACGUGCCUUGUCCAUACAACUCAGUAAGCUUGGACCCGAUCAUGUCAACGUCGCAAAUGCUUACCAAAGCAUGGGUAACGUACAUAGGGAAAUGGCUGACCAUCAGCAGGCCAAGGAGUAUUAUAAACGUGCCUUGUCCAUACAACUCAGUAAGCUUGGACCCGAUCAUGUCAACGUCGCAAAUACUUACCAAAGCAUGGGUAACCUACAUAGCCAAAUGGCUGACCAUCAGCAGGCCAAGGAGUAUUAUGAACGUGCCUUGUCCAUACAACUCAGUAAGCUUGGACCCGAUCAUGUCCACGUCGCAGGUACUUACCAUAACAUGGGUAACCUACAUAGCGAAAUGGGUGACCAUCAGCGGGCCAAGGAGUAUUAUGAACGUGCCUUGUCCAUACAACUCAGUAAGCUUGGACCCGAUCAUGUCAACGUCGCAAAUACUUACCUAACCAUGGGUAACCUACAUAGCCAAAUGGCUGACCAUCGGCAGGCCAAGGAAUAUUAUGAACGUGCUUUGUCCAUACAACUCAGUAAGCUUGGACCCGAUCAUGUCAACGUCGCAAAUACUUACCAAAGCAUGGGUAACCUACAAAAGGCAUUGGGUGACCAUCAGCAGGCCAAGGAGUAUUAUGAACGUGCCUUGUCCAUACAACUCAGUAAGCUUGGACUCGAUCAUGUCCACGUCGCAGGUACUUACCAUAACAUGGGUAACCUACAUAGCGAAAUGGCCGACCAUCAGCAGGCCAAGGAGUAUUAUGAACGUGCUUUGUCCAUACAACUCAGUAAGCUUGGACCCGAUCAUGUCCACGUCGCAAAUACUUACCAUAACAUGGGUAGCCUACAUAGCGAAAUGGGUGACCAUCAGCAGGCCAAGGAGUAUUAUGAACGUGCUUUGUCCGUACAACUCAGUAAGCUUGGACCCGAUCAUGUCAACGUCGCAAAUACUUACCUAAGCAUGGGUAACCUACAUAGCCAAAUGGCUGACCAUCAGCAGGCCAGGGAAUAUUAUGAACGUGCUUUGUCCAUACAACUCAGUAAGCUUGGACCCGAUCAUGUCAACGUCGCAAAUACUUACCAAAGCAUGGGUAACCUACAAAGGGCAUUGGGUGACCAUCAGCAGGCCAAGGAGUAUUAUGAACGUGCCUUGUCCAUACAACUCAGUAAGCUUGGACCCGAUCAUGUCAACGUCGCAAAUACUUACCAAAGCAUGGGUAACCUACAAAAGGCAUUGGGUGACCAUCAGCAGGCCAAGGAGUAUUAUGAACGUGCCUUGUCCAUACAACUCAGUAAGCUUGGACCCGAUCAUGUCAACGUCGCAAAUGCUUACCAAAGCAUGGGUAACCUACAUAGCGAAAUGGCUGACCAUCAGCAGGCCAAGGAGUAUUAUGAACGUGCCUUGUCCAUACAACUCAGUAAGCUUGGACCCGAUCAUGUCAACGUCGCAAAUGCUUACCAAAGCAUGGGUAACCUACAUAGCGAAAUGGCUGACCAUCAGCAGGCCAAGGAGUAUUAUGAACGUGCCUUGUCCAUACAACUCAGUAAGCUUGGACCCGAUCAUGUCAACGUCGCAAAUACUUACCAAAGCAUGGGUAACCUACAAAAGGCAUUGGGUGACCAUCAGCAGGCCAAGGAGUAUUAUGAACGUGCCUUGUCCAUACAACUCAGUAAGCUUGGACCCGAUCAUGUCAACGUCGCAAAUGCUUACCAAAGCAUGGGUAACGUACAUAGGGAAAUGGCUGACCAUCAGCAGGCCAAGGAGUAUUAUGAACGUGCCUUGUCCAUACAACUCAGUAAGCUUGGACCCGAUCAUGUCAACGUCGCAAAUACUUACCAAAGCAUGGGUAACCUACAUAGCCAAAUGGCUGACCAUCAGCAGGCCAAGGAGUAUUAUGAACGUGCCUUGGCCAUACAACUCAGUAAGCUUGGACCCGAUCAUGUCCACGUCGCAGGUACUUACCAUAACAUGGGUAACCUACAUAGCGAAAUGGCUGACCAUCAGCAGGCCAAGGAGUAUUAUGAACGUGCCUUGUCCAUACAACUCAGUAAGCUUGGACCCGAUCAUGUCAACGUCGCAAAUGCUUACCAAAGCAUGGGUAACCUACAUAGCGAAAUGGCUGACCAUCAGCAGGCCAAGGAGUGUUAUGAACGUGCCUUGUCCAUACAACUCAGUAAGCUUGGACCCGAUCAUGUCAACGUCGCAAAUACUUACCAAAGCAUGGGUAACCUACAAAAGGCAUUGGGUGACCAUCAGCAGGCCAAGGAGUAUUAUGAACGUGCCUUGUCCAUACAACUCAGUAAGCUUGGACCCGAUCAUGUCAACGUCGCAAAUGCUUACCAAAGCAUGGGUAACGUACAUAGGGAAAUGGCUGACCAUCAGCAGGCCAAGGAGUAUUAUGAACGUGCCUUGUCCAUACAACUCAGUAAGCUUGGACCCGAUCAUGUCAACGUCGCAAAUACUUACCAAAGCAUGGGUAACCUACAUAGCCAAAUGGCUGACCAUCAGCAGGCCAAGGAGUAUUAUGAACGUGCCUUGUCCAUACAACUCAGUAAGCUUGGACCCGAUCAUGUCCACGUCGCAGGUACUUACCAUAACAUGGGUAACCUACAUAGCGAAAUGGCUGACCAUCAGCAGGCCAAGGAGUAUUAUGAACGUGCCUUGUCCAUACAACUCAGUAAGCUUGGACCCGAUCAUGUCAACGUCGCAAAUACUUACCAAAGCAUGGGUAACCUACAUAGCCAAAUGGCUGACCAUCAGCAGGCCAAGGAGUAUUAUGAACGUGCCUUGUCCAUACAACUCAGUAAGCUUGGACCCGAUCAUGUCAACGUCGCAAAUACUUACCAAAGCAUGGGUAACCUACAAAAGGCAUUG